UUGAGGAUGGCGCGCGCUCGCGGCUCCCCGUGCCCCCCGCUGCCGCCCGGUAGGAUGUCCUGGCCCCGCGGGGCUCUGCUCUUCCUCUGGCUCUUCUCCCCGCCGCUGGGGGCCGGCGGGGGCGGCGUGGCCGUGACGUUGGCCGCCGGAGGGGGCUCCCCGCCGGCCACCUCCUGCCCCUCGGCCUGUUCGUGCAGCAACCAGGCCAGCCGGGUGAUCUGCACGCGGAGAGAGCUGGCCGAGGUACCGGCCAGCAUCCCGGUCAACACGCGCUACCUGAACCUGCAGGAGAACGGUAUCCAGGUGAUCCGAACGGACACGUUUAAACACCUUCGUCACCUGGAGAUCCUACAGCUGAGCAAGAACCUGGUGCGUAAGAUCGAAGUGGGCGCCUUCAACGGGCUGCCCAGCCUCAACACGCUGGAGUUAUUCGACAACCGACUGACCACGGUGCCCACGCAGGCCUUUGAGUACCUGUCCAAGCUUCGCGAGCUCUGGCUUCGAAACAACCCCAUCGAAAGCAUUCCGUCGUACGCCUUUAACCGCGUGCCCUCACUGCGGCGCCUGGACCUGGGCGAGCUGAAGCGACUGGAAUACAUCUCGGAGGCAGCCUUCGAGGGCCUGGUCAACCUGCGCUACCUCAACCUGGGCAUGUGCAACCUCAAGGACAUCCCCAACCUGACGGCCCUGGUGCGCCUGGAGGAGCUCGAACUGUCGGGCAACCGGUUGGAUCUGAUCCGGCCGGGCUCCUUCCAGGGCCUCACCAGUCUGCGUAAGCUAUGGCUGAUGCACGCCCAGGUGGCCACCAUCGAGCGCAACGCCUUCGACGACCUCAAGUCGCUGGAGGAGCUCAACCUGUCGCACAACAACCUGAUGUCGCUGCCCCAUGACCUCUUCACGCCCCUGCAUCGCCUGGAACGCGUACACCUCAACCACAACCCAUGGCACUGCAACUGUGAUGUGCUCUGGUUGAGUUGGUGGCUCAAGGAGACGGUGCCCAGCAACACCACGUGCUGCGCGCGCUGCCACGCGCCCGCAGGCCUCAAAGGGCGCUACAUCGGCGAGUUGGACCAGUCGCACUUCACGUGCUAUGCGCCUGUCAUUGUGGAGCCGCCCACGGACCUGAACGUGACCGAGGGCAUGGCGGCUGAGCUCAAGUGCCGCACCGGCACCUCAAUGACCUCAGUCAACUGGCUGACGCCCAAUGGCACGCUCAUGACGCACGGCUCCUACCGCGUGCGCAUCUCCGUGCUGCAUGAUGGCACGCUUAACUUCACCAACGUCACCGUGCAGGAUACGGGCCAGUAUACGUGCAUGGUGACGAACUCGGCCGGCAACACCACCGCCUCGGCCACGCUCAACGUCUCGGCCGUGGACCCCGUGGCGGCGGGCGGAGGCGCAGGGGGCGGCCCCGGGGGCGGGGGUGGUGGCGGCUACACCUACUUCACCACGGUCACGGUGGAGACCCUGGAGACGCAGCCUGGCGAGGAGGCACUGCAGCCGCGCGGCACCGAAAAGGAGCCACCGGGGCCCACGACGGACGGCGCGUGGGGCGGGGGCCGGCCCGGGGAGGCGGGGGGCGCCGCCGCCUCGUCCACCACAGCGCCCGCGCCACGCUCCUCGCGGCCCACGGAGAAGGCGUUCACGGUGCCCAUCACGGACGUGACGGAGAACGCCCUCAAGGACCUGGACGACGUCAUGAAGACCACCAAGAUCAUCAUCGGCUGCUUCGUGGCCAUCACCUUCAUGGCGGCGGUGAUGUUGGUGGCUUUCUACAAACUACGCAAGCAGCAUCAGCUUCACAAGCACCACGGGCCCACGCGCACGGUGGAGAUCAUCAACGUGGAGGACGAGCUGCCCGCCGCCUCGGCCGUGUCCGUGGCCGCCGCCGUGGCCGGUGGGGGCGGCGUGGGCGGGGACAGCCACCUGGCCCUGCCAGCCCUGGAGCGGGACCACCUCAACCACCAGCAUUAUGUGGCGGCCGCCUUCAAGGCUCAUUACAGCAGCAACCCCGGGGGCGGGGGCUGCGGGGGCAAGGGCCCGCCGGGCCUCAACUCCAUCCACGAACCUCUUUUGUUCAAGAGCGGCUCCAAGGAGAACGUGCAAGAAACGCAGAUCUGA